CUUCCUUCUCUCCCCACAAGCCUCCAUAUUUAUUUCCUUCCUACUAAAAUUUUCUUCCACAUUCCCUCUCAUCCAGUCCUCAAUGAAGCCUGAGGACAGCUAUCAGUGGUCACUCUCUUGGGCUUGAAAUGGAACAGAUCUUCUUGUUCCAUCUCUUUCUGAUAGCGCCAGUUCCUGCUGAGGACAGAACAUUGUCUUCUUUUCUCCCUGCCUCAGGCAGAUGGCAGGGAGUGUUGUGUGUUCCCACAAAGGAGCGCGCUGUCCCCGCUCCCGAGUCUCUCAGCGAGCCCUGUCAUGGAAGGCAUCCAGGAGAAUGUGGAACUCCGCACCCGCUUUCUCAGAACAGAGGAGCAUCCAUGACCCUCAGAAUCACAGCAUUGAGAGGUAUGUAUCAACUCCAGGUCUCUGCAUUUGUCCGCGUUCCUCACUGUCAUGUGGUUCCUCCCGAUGUGAUAGCAAAGAUGCCCGUGGACAAACCAGGCUUGGGUGCAUCAUAUUGGCAAUCUGGAGGAAGCCGAGCACUUUUUCUCCAACUGAUUCAGUCCCAGGAUUGGCUCUCAUUUGCCCAGCUUGUGCAGAAUCUCAUUUUCCUAAUGUUAAAUACAUGUCAUCAGUGCUCAAUGUUACAGCUUCAAACAUAGAAGAUAUAAGAAGUAAAUGCUGAGAUUUCGCUAUUUGUUAACCUAUCAUGUGAUGAACCUAUACAAAUUGUGUAAAGCAAAUGUUUUCAGGCAUUGGAUGUCAAGCAGCACAGGACUAUCAUCCUGAAGGAAAGAGAAUCACACAAGAUGAGCCUCAUAUUUAUCCUGGCUUUCCACUUCAGAGCACUCUCUCAACUUCAACACAGAGAAGUGAAACCCAAGUGAAAGAGUAUUGCUAAACCAAGGAGGCAGAGCUCAUGUUUGUUCAAGAGUACCCAAGAGAUAGGAUCUGUAAGAGGCACACAGGACCACAUUUGUUCUACCACGCUAUGCUGAAUAUGAGGCAAAAGUUAACACCUGGAAAUUUUGCUAUCCUGAAAUGAGGCAGUGCAUUGUGGAGAAAAAAAGAAUGGACUCUUCUAUUAAAUGAACGUAAGUGAGCAAGCUGUUUAUAAACUAUAAAAGUGACAAAUAUGUAUAAUUAUAUUUAAAUAUUAUUAUUACAAAUUGUUAAGGCAGUAUUGCACCCUACGGGCUUUGGAAACCGUGACCACUUGUAUUCAUUAUCGAUCAUUGCAUAAAAAUAAUCACAAAACUAA